AGGAUUACCUCAGACGGCUCAGCGUGCUUAGCCAUGAUGCGGCCGGCAGCUAGGCUCGGUGAGCCGAUGACCGGCUUUCAUCAAGCCUCCGAAUCGAGGCCCAAUACUUAAUUGGGACUGCCCGCUUUGUUCUAACCAGAACCCGACAACCCACACUCUCCCCACCACCAAGGCCGGACCUCUGAACCUUUAGCACACAUCUCAUCAUGGCGGACGAGGACGUUGUGAAGACCGAUCUCUUGAUUGUGGGCGCGGGGCCAGCCGGGGCCUCGCUCGCUUGCUUCCUGGCUGCACACGGCAGGAAAGGCAUAUUGAUCGCCGCCGCGCCGGGAACGGCCGAAACUCCACGUGCCCACAUCACGAACAUGGCCGGACUGGAGUGUCUGCGGGACAUUGGCCUUGAGCAGGACUGUCUCGAUGUUGCGACCCCGAGCCACAACAUGGCGCAUACAAGAUGGUGCCGCAGCAUGGCUGGCGAGGAGUUUGCCCGCGUGUACUCCUGGGGGCACGAUCCAAAGUACAAGGGCGACUACGAGGCCGCAAGUCCCUGCAAUCAUGUGGACCUACCGCAAACACUGCUUGAGCCCAUUCUCACCAAGAGGGCAAUCCACAAAGGCUGGACGAUCCGAUUCAACACUAGAUUCCUUCGGUUAAGCCGCCCAUCGCCCGACGUCGUCAUAUCCGAGGUUCUUGACGAAGUCACGCAAAAGACCUACAGGAUCCAAUCUCGCUAUCUCUUCGGCUGUGACGGCGCUCGAAGCCAGGUUGUGCGGGAGCUGGGCAUUCCGCUCAUCAAGAAGCCCGGUCAGGGCCUGGCCUUGAAUGUGCUGGUCCGAGCGGACAUGUCGCACCUCAUUGAGAACCGCAUCGGAAACCUGCACUGGGUGCUCCGGCCCGAAGAGAUGAACGCUCCACCAUGGGGAUGGGCCGCCGUGGUGCGCAUGGUGCGGCCGUGGAAUGAGUGGAUGUUCAUCUUCCUUGCGGCACCCGGGCAUGACCUGAAGGCCGAGGAUAUGGAUGCCAGCCACGAUGAGUAUUUGGCGAGGGUCAAGGAGUUGAUCGGCGACGACUCGGUCAAGGUUGAGCUGCUGCAUGCCAGCAAGUGGUGGAUCAACGAGGUUGUGGCCGAGUACUACUCGGAUGGCAAUGUCUUCUGCCUCGGCGACGCGACACAUCGGCACCCGCCCUUCAACGGACUCGGUUCCAACACGUGCAUCCAGGACGCCUUCAACCUAGCCUGGAAGAUCGACUAUGUCAUGUCCGGCAAGGCCGGGCCCGAGCUCCUCGAGUCGUUCAGUAAGGAACGCCAGCCCGUGGGCGUGGACGUCAUCACGCGCGCCAACCAGGGGUUGCGAGACCACAUCCACUGGCAGCAGACGCUGGGCAUGCUCGAACCCGACGAGACCAAGCGGCUCCAGAUACUGGCCGAGUUCGACGACCCGGGCGAGAAAGGCCGCAGGCGCCGGCAGGCGUUUCAGGAAGCCAUCUGGGCGACGACGACCGAGUUCCACGGGCUCGGCAUCGAGAUGAACCAGCGCUACGUCUCGGACGCCGUGUUUUUCUCCGACGAGGCUGGUCCACCCCCGACGCCGCCCGAGGACAGGGUCAGGACGCACCAGAUCACGACGUACCCCGGCCGCCGCCUGCCGCAUGUCUGGCUGAACACGAGGUCGCCCGGCAAGCGCGUGUCGACCAUUGACUUGGCGGGCCACGGUCGGUUCUGUCUGCUCACCGGCCCCGGGGGGCAGGCGUGGAAGGAUGCGGCGCGGGCGGUUUCUGAGGCGCUCGAGGUGGAGAUUGUGGGCUACUCGAUUGGCUGGAAACAGGACUAUGAGGAUGUCUACUUUGACUGGGCGAGGAAGCGGGAGGUGGACGAGGACGGGUGCGUCUUGGUGCGCCCAGACAGGUUUGUGGUGUGGAGGUCACAGAGCACGGUUGCGAACGCGCAACGGAAGCUCGAAGAGGUGAUGAGGAGUGUGUUGGCUCUGUGAACAUCAAUUUGGGCCCCGAGUAUUUGGAUUCGUUGACUUGGGUAGACAACAAAGUCCAGGUUGAGUGUCGAUGCUGGGUGUCAGAGCAUUGCAUCUGGAACGGAAGAACCUUCCGCCGGUGUGGAAGAUGGUCAAUGCUACACGAUGUCUUUCGAGGAGCUCAAACAUCAGGAAGGAUGGUAGCCGGUCAGGAAAGGGUGUGUGCUCGCAUGCUCCGUGGACAUACAGUAGACUGUCCACAAGUAGAGGCCCAAUAUCAACUGGUUUUGGACAACUUUC